CAAUAAUUGAAAAUAUAAUUAAUUUUUAUCAAUCUAAUUUUAAUAAUGUUUAGAUUUACUACAAAAAAGGCUGAAAAUGAUAAGCUGAAGUAAUUAUAUUAAUAACAUAACGUGCGCAUACCUGAGAAAUAAUAAUAUGGUCAGGAUUAUCUUAGAUAAUGUUUUGAUUAAACCGAAACAAUUUUGAACCACUAAAAGGUUAACAAUUCAAAAAACAAACAUAGCACCAAAAAGUUUGAUAUAAUUCGAGCUCAAACCAGUGAUAAAUCAUAAAGAAAUAUCAAUAAAAAGAGUAACAAGAGCAUUUUAAAUAAUACAAUUGACAAUAUAGAGCUUGGUAGUAGCUUUGUUGAGCAAAGUUUAAGUAAAAAAUAUAAUAAACCGAAUGGGACUUAUAUUUUUCCUAACUAGAAAAAAUAAAAAUCAUAUUAUAUUAUUCCAUCAUCAAAAGCAGGACUGAUGGAUAUAUUUGAAAAAUACAAAAACUACACCCCUAAGGAAUAAACUUGUUUUAGCUCAAACUAAAGAUCAACUCCAUAAAGACAUGUAAGACAUUUUAAAGCCUUAAGUUAAAAUUUAUGUAAAACUAUUAAUGAUUCUGAUAAAAAAUCAUAAAAUUAUUAUGAUUAAGGAAUACCCUAAGUAAUAUUUGAUAAUUUAAGAUUAAAUUAGUCAACAUCAUUCCAUAAUAAUAAUAAUAACACAAGUAAUUUAGAAAAUAGCUAAGUUCAAUAAAAUAUGAAUAACAAUUCCUAACUAUUUGAAACUCCAACUAACAACAUGAGUAAAUCUUUUGUUGUUGAUAAUAAAAUAUAUCAAAAUAUUUCAAAAGACAAUAUUUUUAGUACAAAAGUCAAUAACUAAUAAAAUGCUGAAACAAAAUAUAAAUAAACACAUAAUUCUUGCUUUAGAGGCACCAGCAGAGAAAAGAUUACUUCAUAGUCAUUUUUCAUCUCUAAUUAAAAUAAUCCUGGACCGGGAGAGUAUGAAAAUAAAUCAUAAUUUUUAUAAAAAAAGAGAAACAAUUAUUCUUCGAAGAUUUAAAGAGAUGAAAAUGAUAGCUGUAAUAUAUCUAUUAAUAGGCUAAAAAAAAAAAUUCAAAAAGCAAUAUAAUAUUAAGAUGUAAAUAUAGCACCUUAAAAAGAAGUAGUGAGUCAACAUUUAACUUUUGAAUCUCUAAAACCUAAUAACCCCUCUCAUAUGUUUGUAAGUGAUUAAAGAGAUAGGUUUGGUGAAAAUCAAUAUAUCAAUUUUUUUUCAAGUAAAAAUCCGUUAUACAGUCCUGGGCCUGGUUAAUAUUAAUAGGUGCAUAAAACAAUAUUGAGUUCAUAAUAAAAAAUUGACAAGAUUAAAGAAUAGAGAAAGCUUUUAAAGGAUUGGUUAAACCCAAAAAAGUCUUAACCAUAGUAAGAAUGCUUGGUAAUUUAAAAUGGUGAUGAAAAAGUAAACUACACUGCUGAACCUCUAUGCGUUUAUUAAUUUUCAUAUAAUUGA